AUGAGACCGCUGUACCGACUCACACAAUGGGGAAUGCGUAAGCAGAGCUCAGCGAAAGGAGAGAGGGGGGAGGGAGAGGACUUCCCGCUGGAUGCCAGCAAGAAGAUCAAGUUGGUCAUGCAGAACGACCGCAAGGACGACGUCGUGGCUACUGUGCGCCGGCUUCUGCUGAACCGACUUUUCGCCAAGCAGGACGACGGCGUGAAGGCAAUCGACACGUGGAUCAGCGACUGCCCAGUUUUCGAUGAGGCGUUGACCUCUGCGCUGCAGGCAUUUCGUGAGCGACAGCUGAACGAGCUAGCGACCAAGUCUGACCUGUUUCAACGCCUCCACGACCAGUAUCACGUGAAGAUGGAGGCGGAGCUGCAGCGCAUCAUUGCCAUGCGUGACAUGGCGGCGAACAAGGAGCUUGAGCGCAUUGAUGCCAUUGUAACUACGAUAAAAGAGCGCAAGCUAGCAGAGAAGCGCAGCUUUCGCCUUCUCAAGUUCUAUGCGAAGAACGACGUGCAAAAGUUCCGACCUUUCGGUAAAAUCAGUGGCAUCUCGGAGAUGGGCGAGUCGGUGGACGUGUGCGUCCCUCCUGCGCACGUGAACGUAAAUCCCUUCACUGGCAAGCCGGCCUAG